GUUCGCCGCCAGCCUGCGAGGUGUUUGAAGCUCGUGCAGUGCCCGGUGUGUCCCCCUGAGCCACUGAGCGCCGGGCCGAGCCUGCCGCUGAGGCUCAGAGUCGUCCGUAGGUCGGUGUCUUCCCUGCCGUCCUCAGAGGGUCGCCGCGGCCAUGUCGCCCCUGCUGCCAGCAGUGGUGGCGGCUCUCCUAACGGCGGCAGCACUGCCAGCGCAGUGUUCUGUCCAGCAGCCGCAGCAGCAACAGCAGCAGCAGCAGCAGGUCACAGCGGGACUCCACAUCACUCCGAAUGAGCUGUGGCAGCUUGUUGACCGUGCCGUCACUGCUGCCAUUCAGCCGCUGACCAUCAAACUGGACAGCCGCAUCGACACGCUGGACUCCAGACUGGAUAUACUGGAUUCCAGACUGGACGUGCUGGACUCCAGAAUGGACACGCUAGACUCUAGGCCGGACUCAAGACUGGACACGGUGGACUCCAGACUUGACACGCUGGACUCCAGGCUGGAUACACUGGAUUCCAGACUGGAUGUUCUUGACUCCCGAGUGGACAGAGUCAUCGAACGGGAGCGUAAACAAGAUUCUGAAAUCGCUACUGGCAGCACCCGACUCGACGAACUAGCCUCAAGGCUGGUAGACGCUGAAACAGGUCUGAGUGAUCAGAAGCUUCAAGUGCAAGGACAGCAAUCCCUAGCUCUCAACCAGGAACUGCUGCUGAACGUGACUUCAUCGCAGCUGGGAACCGUGGAGUCCCGACUCGAUGAGCAGACAUCGCGACUCCAGGAACAGGACUCGUUGAUAGCUCGGCAUGAGUCAAGAAUCGACUCGCAUGAGUCGCGGCUCGACAGCCAAGCGUCUCAGGUCAACCUUCACGAAUUUUCUAUUGAUGAACAUGCGUCUCAGAUUGCCGAGCUGAAUUCCAGUCUGGAGACGCUUCAGAACAUGACCGGCAGUCACGAUGCGCGGAUUGAUGGGAUCACCCUCCGUCUCGAUGCCGCUCAGAAUGCUUCUACUGAUAGUGACUCUGUAGCCCGCGACUGCAGUGACCUACCGGCCGGCUCCCAGAGCGGCAUCUACCUGCUGCAGCCCGGCCUGGGGGCCGCCGGAGAGGUGCCCGCCUACUGCGACCUGGAGACGGACGGCGGACGGUGGACAGUCAUCCAGCGACGGGCCGAUAUAGAGCCAAGGGAGGACUUUAACCUAGACUGGGCCGCCUACAAGGAGGGAUUCGGUGAGCUGGAUAAAGAAGUUUGGUGGGGCCUCGACAACAUGUGGACCAUGACAUCACCAAGCGAUCGGCAAUACGAACUGAGGAUAGACUUGGAGGACUUUAAAAGUGAGUGGAGACAUGCGAUCUACCAGAACUUUAGUAUCUCCUCCGAAUCGAACGGAUACCGGCUCAAUGUUGUCAACUACACCGGAAACGCAGGAGACUCGCUCACGUAUCACACAGGACAACGAUUUAGUACAAAGGACAGAGACAACGACUCGAAUAGUACAGAUAACUGUGCCGAAUAUUUUGAGGCCCCCUGGUGGCAUAAAACAUGCUACCAAUCCAGCUUGAAUGGCAAAUAUCUUGCCGGCGAGCACACCCAGAAGGGGCACGGUAUCGUAUGGAGCCGCUGGCGGGGUGGCAACUACUCACUGAAAACGGUGACCAUGAAGAUUCGGCCCACGAGAAAGCUCUGACUGGUUAGUGGUUAACUGGUUCGUGGUUAACCAGGCGGUACUCAGCCGUUGUAAUGCUCCCCUUUACCCCCUCUGGGCUCUGGGUGUGAUGGAUUUACACUCUGCACCUUUGAUUGUCAAUUCCGUCGUUUUGCCCACCUAACAUUUGUUACUCGAACAGUGUUGGUUUCUUAUAGCGUCAUAGGCGAGGUGUCUAGCUACGUGGUUUGAACGAUUGUUAAAAGCUAUCGGGGUUGAUGGGCGUUACAGAGCGUACAUUUACAUGGAAUAUACCUACAUGUAGCAGUUUUAUUUUUCACAAAUUUGGGUUAUUCCUAGCUUUGGAUCUUGCAUUAGAUUUAAAAUGUUUUGUUACCAAAUAUCAUUAUGCAACAAUUAUUGGUAUUAGGUAUGUGUGCCUUCUUAUGCAUUGUGUGAAAUGAGCGAUGCCUGAGCUCUUUGCGGGUACAAAUAUAAAACAACUUCUAGCUUA